AUGUUUGCUAUCCAAGUCUACACUGUCAGUCCUCUGAGUGACGACCUUUCCGAAUUUCUUUCUCCGAUUGUCAGAUAUGGUCGAAGAUGUUUCCAAGAUGGAGAGUGGGAGCCAUACCAUGCGGACAUCUCAUGGCGCAUCGAUGUGUACAAACAACCUCUGCAUGAUGUGUACGCUUGCAUCGCUCACCACAAGAGAGAAAUCGCUCAUCGAAGCAACACAACUCCAUCUGGUCUUGGAGGUGGCCCGAUUCAUCUAUAUGGUAAACAAGCCAAUAGAGCAAGAAUUGUUGUCAUAGACCCACCUAACUGGAAUGAAAAAUCUAUCAUUCUAGCGAGUUUUGCUGCUAGAGAUAGAGUACCUGAACAAUGUCCUUACGAGCUGGACUUAGGUAUUUGCGCAGUGGACAACGUUGAUGGCAAUUGCCACAUGAAUCAAGCCAUACAGGAAUGGAUUUUUGAUGCAGAGCGCGAACCAUGGAGACUGGAAGCAAGCGAACAGCAUUCAAAUCCAAAACCACCCGAGGAGCCAAGGAUUACGACUAUCCCAAAAGUCUACCAGGAAGAUAUCAAAAGCACCGUGGAGAGACGGGAUAACGACAUCGUUUGCGUGAAGCUCAGAAAAGAUGAAAUCGUUCGAAAGGAGACAAAGUCUGUAUACCUAUUUCACCUCGAAUCUGCAAAACUUGAGAGCAGCGCUCAACUGGGACACUUACUUCUAGACUAUCUCACUCCUUUCCUGCCACCCGGCACGGCGUUCGACAUUCUAAUUCAGCCUUCCGAACCAAGUAUCGACGCAUGUCUCAAAGCAUUCCACGCACUCGAAAUCUCCGACGCACAAACAAGUCACACCAGACUCUUCGCUAUAAUCGACAAACAUGACUUUGUGAAAGAAAGUGGCAUUCUGUUUGUGCAGGUCAACUCUGUUCAUAGUUAUUUCGACUGGAAAAUUGGUGAGAUGACGGAAACAUUGCCUUUGUGCGAGACAUGGAACAACAAGCAUGCUAUGACGGUUUGGAGAGCUUAUGAUGUUAAGCGUGCUGCUAUGGAGUUUGCGAAUUCGGCACUUGGGGGCGAUAACUCUUCUUGA